AUGGCGCGUGACCACAACCCACAUGAGGCGGAGCAUCGCAUGGGAUCCGUAAAAGCCGUCUCUGGUCCAGUCGUUAUUGCGGAAAACAUGAGCGGUAGCGCAAUGUACGAGUUGGUUCAGGUCGGUUCCUUUCGACUGGUGGGAGAAAUCAUUCGGCUUGAGGGCGACACCGCGACCAUACAAGUGUACGAGGAGACAGGUGGUCUUACAGUCGGGGAUCCGGUUUAUUGUACAGGAAAACCGCUUUCUCUUGAGCUUGGUCCUGGCAUUAUGUCGGAGAUUUUUGAUGGUAUUCAACGUCCACUUGAGACAAUUUACCGUAUGGUAGAAAAUGUAUUUAUUCCAAAGGGAGUUCAGGUUAAGGCACUCAACGACCAAAAAAUGUGGGACUUUAAGCCUCGUGUGAGGGUUGGGGAUUUGGUGACGGGUGGGGAUAUUCUUGGAACUGUUGUGGAAAAUUCGCUCAUGUACGAUCACUCCAUUAUGGUGCCUCCCAAUUUUCAAGGGAGGGUUACGUCCGUUCAACCUUCUGGUAACUACACACUCGUGGAUGAAAUUGUGGAGGUGGAGCACAAUGGUACAAAGAGAAGCCUUAAACUAAUGCACCGUUGGCCUGUGCGAACACCACGCCCGGUGGCGGUGAAGGAGUCCGGGAAUCAUCCCCUUCUUACUGGUCAACGUGUCUUGGAUGCUCUUUUUCCCUCUGUGCAGGGUGGCACAUGCGCAAUUCCUGGUGCAUUUGGUUGUGGUAAGACUGUUAUUAGUCAAGCCCUCUCCAAAUAUUCAAACAGCGAUGCUGUCAUUUACGUGGGUUGCGGUGAACGUGGUAAUGAAAUGGCAGAGGUUUUAAUGGAUUUUCCUACUCUUACCACUGUUGUUGAUGGCCGUGAAGAAUCUAUCAUGAAAAGGACAUGCCUCGUAGCCAAUACUUCUAACAUGCCUGUGGCUGCUCGUGAGGCCUCUAUUUACACUGGUAUUACCCUCGCCGAAUAUUAUCGUGAUAUGGGAAAACAUAUUGCCAUGAUGGCGGACUCCACUUCCCGUUGGGCAGAGGCUCUUCGAGAGAUUUCUGGUCGUUUGGCCGAGAUGCCUGCUGAUGGGGGUUAUCCUGCAUAUCUCAGUGCCCGUUUGGCUUCUUUUUACGAGCGUGCAGGUCGUGUCACAUGCAUUGGUGGUCCCAGACGUGAAGGAUCCGUCACUAUUGUGGGUGCUGUCUCCCCACCAGGAGGUGAUUUUUCGGAUCCGGUAACAUCCGCCACACUUGGUAUCGUGCAGGUAUUCUGGGGCCUGGAAAAACGCCUUGCGCAGCGUAAACACUUCCCCUCAGUAAACUGGCUUAUUUCGUACUCGAAGUACUUAAAGGUGCUGGAACCCUUUUUUAAUACCUUUGACCCUGAUUACAUGCGUUUGCGCUCGGUUGUCGCUGAGAUUUUGCAACGUGAAGAGGAAUUGCAGGAAAUCGUUCAACUUGUUGGCAAAGACUCUCUUUCAGAGUCGGACAAAAUUAUCCUGGAAACGGCGAAGGUCAUUCGUGAGGAGUUCCUCCAGCAAAACGCCUUUACCCCUUACGACAAGUUUUGCCCACUUUAUAAAACGUGUUGGAUGCUGCGCAACAUUGUCACCUUCUACGAGGAGGGCCAGCGUGUUGUGGCCGAGUCUGCUGGCGAACACAAAAUCACGUGGAACUACAUCCGUGAGAAGCUACCGCAUAUUUACAAUGGACUCACGGAGAUGAAGUUCCGCGACCCCGCAGAAGGGAAGGAGGCCAAUAUUGACUACUUUAAGAAGCAAAAUGAGGAAAUUAUUAAUGCAUUUGCCUCCCUUUUGCAGUAG